AUGGCUCGUACCAAGAAGACUGCUCGCAAGUUUACCGGUUUCAAAGUAGCCCAGCAGAAUUCGGCCGCCAAGCCUGUUCGUAUGUCAGCCCAGGUGACUGGUAGCGUGAAGAAGCCCAUUCGAUACCGUCCUGGAACUGUGGCCCUUUGUGACAUCCGCCAUUACCAGAAGUCCAUCAAACUGCUUCUCCCCAAGCUCCCAUUCAAGCGUCUGGUGAUGGAGAUCGCCCAAGACAUCAGCGUUAAAGUGCGCUUUCAAGACAUUGCCAUUAAUGGUUUGCAGGUAAAAAAGGCGCACAAUACGGCAAAUGCUGCGCCCAAAANACAAACGCGUCACUCUCCAGCUUAA